UUUAAUGGCGGCAAUGAAACACAUUUAGAAAAUUGUUUUAUUUCUAAAGUAGGCUACACUUUAAUUGUGAAACAAAAAUGCAGGAACAAAGCUUACAAUCACGUCAGUUAUAUCACAUGACUAUAUUUACCCAAUGUUUUUCACCUUGUGGUAAAUAUAUUGCAGCCGCUAAUAAUUAUGGGCAAAUUGCCAUAUUCAGUUUGGUAUCAGCCUUAUCACCAGAAGCAAACGAAUCUUCCCGUUUACCAAUUUAUUGCUUUAAAGGAUGUAAAGAGGGUGCCAUUUAUUGUUUGACUUCAACAGACACAUUUUUAAUCAGUGCUGGUGAAGGUGAUAUAUGUGCAUGGAAAUGGUCAGAUAUCCACAACAAGGCUCCUAAAAUCAUCUGGUCUCUUUCCUUACCUAAAAAGGGUGUUUUUACUAACCCUGAGGUUAAUUCAAUGGUUGUAGAUAAGCAGGAACAGGCAACACGUUUAUUAGCAGGAGGUGGAGAUAAUGAUAUCCAUAUUUGGAAUAUGGAAAAUGGUCAAUUGGAGAAUUCAUUACAAGGUCACGAAGAUUAUGUACAUAGUAUUUGUUUAAAGAAUAAUGGUAGAGAAUGUGUUUCUGCGUCCGAAGAUGGAACAGUCAGAAUCUGGGAUGCAAGAAGUUCUUCAGAAGCGGUUCAUAUAUUAGAACCACAUAAAACACCUAUGUGUGGAAGACCAGAAAUGGGGAAAUGGGUUGGUUGUGUUGCAAUGGAUCACGGUGAUGAUUGGCUGAUCUGUGGUGGAGGUCCUAAACUGUCAACAUGGCAUCUAAGAUCCCUGACACCAACAGCAACUUUUGAUACUCCAGGAUCUUGUCAAAAUUUUGUUAUGUAUCACGAAGAAAAUGUUAUAUCCGGUGGAAUGAAACCAUGUGUAAAUCAUUGGUAUGUAAAUGGUGAUCUGAAAUCACAAGUACCUACAACAUCUUCCAGUAUAUAUAAUAUAGCUGUUAACACUGUUUUAGAUCAACUAAGGGUAUUAAGUGUGGUUGGUAAUAGUUGUAAAAUAGAUGUAUGUACAAACUUUGGUUAUAAAGCGUUCUCACUCAAGUUUGUACCAUCUUAAAGAACUCUUGUUCAGGCUUUUAUGCUAUCAUAAAAAACACUUGGUCUGGAUUAUAUCAUUGUAAAGCCUCAUCAUCAUCAGUUCAGAUCAGUUACAGUGAAGCAUCAUUAUAUGAUAAAAUAUAUAAAUCUACCUUGCUUCUUGAAUUGUGCAAGACUUCUCAAGUGUAAUAGCAUUGUCUGCCAGCUUGUCUCACCAUACUAAGACCCAGUGAUAUGAUGAUUUAUUUACAUUCGAAAAUCCUCUUACAAUGGUCCAAACUGUGAACUGAAAUUUCAUGAAUUAAAAUUUCAGUUGUUUAAUAUUUGUUGUAUCUCUUUAACUCUUAAGACCUUAUUGUCAUAUUAUGUCAUAAAGUCUUGACACAUAAUUUUGUAUCCUAUAAGGUAUGUUACUCUGCAAUAUCAUGACUAUAGAAGCAGAUAUUUAAAUAACUAAGGUACUGCUACAUCUGUCUAAUCAGUGUCUGUUAUCCCUACUGUAGAAGCUGAUGUUAAAUAACCAUGGUACUACUAUAACUUUAUAUCAUGUUGUAUUAUAAAGACUUCUAACAUCUUUUAUACCAUAUCUUACUCAAGUUUAAUCAAUUUUGAAGAUCUCUGUGAUCUAUGAUUUUGCCAUUUGUAAUGUACCAUAUGCCUAAAGGAGCUAAAUUGCUAAUAUUUGGGAACUAGAAAUUGAAACAAAUGUAAUGUAAUAUGAAUAUAUAUAAACUGAUUUACAUUCAAUUGUUUCUGUUUUUACUGUAAUUUCUAAUCAAUUAUGCCUGGCGAAUUACGCCAGAAGUCUCAGUCGAAUGGCAAUCUCUAGCGUCUACACUGAUAGUAUUUAUUGGGCAUGCUCUCCAGAUAAGAAUAUGGCGUUGGCAUUUGACAUGGCUUGUGGAAUAUGUCUAGCUUCGUUCUUCAAGUUCCUUGUUACAAAUGGCGCUGAAACGCAUUACGGUACACGAUUCGUGUACCAAUGGUAAAAUGUUUAUUCUCUCUUAAAUAUUGGAUAUCAGAAGCCCAUCUUUUCCCGGUAAGAUUACAACAUCAACGUUGAUUUAAAUUGACAAAUAAUUUUUGGGUUUUCAAUGUCGAAGACUUUAAAUGAUAUGGGGUUAGAGACCUAGCUACUUUAAAUAAGUUGUAUGACUUGUAUCUUAGAGAAAGGGUUACUUAUUGCUUUGAACAUAACCUUUAGUGGUGUGGAUAAAGCACAUUAUAAAUAAUACACAGUACAUUAUUUUGAUUACAUGAUUUGUGUUGUAGUAAUAGUGUAUAUAAUUUAUAGUAUAUGAUUACAUAAUCUGUAAUUCAUGAUUAAUAACAUUGUACUUGUUAAAUUUGAAAUUCAUAACUAGUAAUCCAUGAUUUCAUUGUUUGUAGACCAUAAUUACAGAAUUUGUAACCAGAUCCAAUGUUUUUAAUUGUUCUGUUUAAGUUGUUCUUAAAAUCCCUGAAAAUGAAUGAUUUACUGUUAUAAAUCUAAAAUACAUUGAAGUUAUAAAAAACAUUUUAUAUCUGUGGAUGUUUACUAAGCAUUUGUAAUUUAGGUUGUAGUUAUUUUUAUGUUAUACAUAUGUCAAAUGUGUAAUUGCUUUGUUUGAAACGAUUGUGUAUUUUAUAACUGUUAUUCUUUAAUGAAUAGAAUACACUAUUUGGUCUUUAUUAGAACAAUGUAAUUGUUUAUUACUUACUCCUCAUUUCAAUACUGUGAAACAAGAAAUUAAUGCUGUUCUGGCUUCUUGAAAGUUAAACAAAGUUGACACCAAUUAUCAGAAAAUUACAUGUUUUGUAAUGUUAUCAAUGACAUUGAUUAGCCUAGCAGGUAAUUAUAACCAUUGAUUUGUUAAUCGUUUGAAGUGUAUUAGUCUAACAGUAGUGCUGAUUUCUAGGGUAGCUACUGUGUUCUUUAUAAUUUAUAUUGUUUUAUUAUAGAACAUAAAUGCCUCUAGAAAUUAAUUUGACUGACAAUAGAUCGCAUUAAAGUAUUCAUUUAACACAUCCCUUUCUUGCUUGCAUUAGUGUCUUAGAAUGCAUGACAACUUGGGACCAAAGACCACUCAGACCAAGAUGUGUCGGACCAGUUGAUAGACCACUUGGCCCAAGACCAAUGCUUUUGAAAUAUUAAAGUGUUGUUUUAAUAAAUUGAAAAUUGUGUUUGUUUUAAUACAUUUGUUUUCUUCGUAGCCUACUUACCCGUGUUAUUAUCUCAUCAUGAAGCACAUGAAAAAACUUAGUUAACAAAACAUCGACAUCUGAGUAGUUAUUCAUUUGUAUACUUGUACUUCUGAAAAAACCUUUUUUUGUGCAUACUAUAAUAUAUAUAUUUAUCAAUUUGUACUGCCUUCUAUUGCAAGCCUGUCGUGGAAUGCAUGUCAAAGUUCAGAUUACGUUUUAUCAUUAAAAUUGGUAGUGACUUUAAAUAACCAUGCAUAUCGUGUAAAUAUUUUUUUCAAAUUAAAAUUUAUCAGCAUAUUAUUCCCUUUUUAAUAUCUUACUUUUACAGGAAACAAUGAUUAUCAAAGAACAGUAAAUGUUUUAUCAUUUGGUAGAGCCUUUUAAUACCACGUGUUUCAUGUUAAAUUUUUUCUUAUGUAUUCCUUAUAAGUGUUUUUAAUUUGUUUUAAGCUGCCCUAUUUCAAAUAUAUUGAUCGGCUAUAUUUUUAUAUCAAAUAUGAAAAAAUAUUUAUCCAUAAAAUAUAAUAAAGAUAAUAAUUGUUAACCAAAAUAUUGGUCCGACUGGGCUUAUAUGUUUAUAUGUGAUUUAGUAAUAAUUAAAUAAAUAACAGUAUGUUGAGUAGUCUUUUAUUUUAAUUUAGUGCGAGUGGUCUUCUGUCUCAGAGCGUGUCUUGGUUCGAGUGAUCUUCUGUAUUGGUUCGACUGGUUUUGGUCGGAGUGGUCUUUGGUCGGAGUUGUCUGAUUACCGUUUCUUGUUUUGCAAUAUAUAGAUCUUGUUAGGUGGUAAUGUAGACAGUUAUUAUGUUUUGCUUCGAAUUAUAUGUAGAUCAUCCUAGUCAAAUGUCUCUUUCUACACAGAGUAUAUUACAUUUAAUUUUGUACUUUACAAAACUGAGAUCUAUAAAAUGAAUUAUAUCUAACAUUUAAUGUUACAUGUACAUAACACUACAAAUAAUAACAAUAAUAAAAAAUGUUCAA